UUUCGCGGUACUUUUAGGCGCCUACAAUCUGCAUCAAAAUUACCUUAACAUUGCUGCAUUUGAGCGGGAGCUCUCUCUAUCAGUAGUAGACAUGGAGAUCUCGUCCGUGCAAAUGCUCUGUAAACAUUUAAUUUUCUGCGCCGUUCAGAGGUGCCGUUUGAGAGAUGAUCCCUGCAGAUUAUCAGUUAAAUUGACCCCUUCUCCACUGCUCAGUCCCCCUCUCGUUCGAAUCUCAGUUUCUGAUACUGGCAUUGGAAGCAAACUGGAGGAGUACCAACAUCUGAAGUACCCAAAUGACCUCGUUUUGGCUGGUAAAUGGGAUGGAUUGAUCUCUAUUUCAACAACUGGCAUUUCUGAUAAUGAGAUGCACCACUUGAAUCUCAACAUUAAAGAAUCUGUUUCUUCUAAGAGACUGACAAGGCUACCUUCAACCACAAAGAAUGGUGCAAAAUUCAGUGGGACUGAAGUAUCAAUAUCAACAUCUGAAAGUGUUGAUCACUUAUUGGAAGAUUUAACCUUCUUUUUUAAGAAGAUGCUCAUUUUAAAAAUCCCUAUGGUUGCUGUUGAACUGUUGGUUGAUUAUAGUAUCAUGCCAGGAUCGCAUAUUGAAAGUUGUAUUCUGGCCAUUGAGUGCGGUUCUUUACCUUUAACCACAGAAAGCAUCACCUGCCUAAGAUCAGGACUUGAGGAUUAUGUCCUUAAGCAUGGGAAUAAACUGAAUAGUAUUUGUCAGUCUUGCUUCUUGACUGGGGAAAAUUUGAAGGUUGGCACUGGAAUUGCUAGCUGCUUAGGAAACAUGCAAAAUAAUAGACUGGUGAUGGAAGCUGUGAUUAUUAUCAGUGAACUGUCUGAGCUAGCAACUCCAUCUUGCUUCAGGGAACAUGAAAUGGAAACAGAGAUCUUCUUCUUGAGGGACUUUGUACCCUGUACUGCUCCCCAAUCAUCACUGGAUGCAUUGAAAGGCAUCAGUUGGAAAAGCUAUGGAUUGACUCUGAGGACCAUUAAGGAUCAAGGUGGUUGUGCAUUGCUUGAAUGGGAAAACUUGCCACCAUCUGUCCACAUCGAUAUUGUCAUCCAUUAUUAUGACAAACAGUUGAAAGCACUGGAUACACAGAUCGGUCAAAUUGAUCGAAGUCUUACCAGAAAAGCUGUCAAGCUUGCUCUUGAUGAUUUGAAGGAAAAGAAUCAAGGUGUUCUUCUCAGUAGACAUGCACAGAAGAUAUGCAAUUAUGCACCUGAUCUUGCAAAAACAAUCGCUCGCCUGAUCUUAUCCUCAAAUGACCUAAACUUCCAAGGGGAAUGCUGCUCUCUUCUGGGACUGCAGCCUCGGGAUAUGAAGAUGGAAGCGGUUGAAUGCUCCAUCAGAGAGAGGAUAGUUUCAGUGAUUGGAAAAAAUGACCAAAAGCCUCAGAGAAGUAGAAGAGAAGCUGCAGAGCUUCUUUUCGAAAGACCGGACUUGAUGGAAGAUGAAUAUCAUCAGGAACUUGAGGAUGAAGUCUACAAUUCUUUCGACUUAGAGUAGGAUGCUCAGGUAUGUACAUAUA